GCACACAUCUCUCCCUACGCCAUUCCAACUCUCACACAUUUCUCUCUCUCUCUCUCGAUUGAAAUUUCAAAUUCUUCUGCAACAACAAUGAGCUGCGGACCAGGACUCUUCUCCGAUAUCGGCAAAAAAGCCAGAGAUCUGUUAACGAGAGACUACAUAUCGGAUCAGAAAAUUUCUGUUUCAACCACCACUGCAACCGGAGUUGCAAUAACAUCAACUGCAACAAAGAAAGGUGGUCUCUCAUCAGGAGAUGUGGGAGCAGUGUACAAGUACAAUAACAUAUUGGUCGAUGUCAAAGUCGACACAGAAUCAAAGAUUGCUACAACAUUAACUUUCACAGAGAUCGUACCCUCAACCAAAACCAUCGCGUCAUUCAAAUUCCCUGAUUUCAAUUCCGGCAAGGUAGAGGUUCAGUACUUUCAUUGCCAUGCUACUUUAGCAUCUGCGGUUUCUUUGAACCAAACCCCAACAAUCAACCUUUCGACUACAAUCGGGACACCGUCAUUUGUUAUCGGUGCAGAAGCCGGGUACGAACCGUCUUCCGGAAGAUUGACAAAGUACACUGCUGGCAUAGGUGUUAACAAACCGGAUUCCAAUGCUUCCAUAAUCUUGGGUGACAAAGGGGACACGAUAAAGGCGUCGUAUAUACACCAUCUGGAUGAAUUAAAAAAGACGGCUUGCGUAGGGGAAAUUACGAGAAGGUUUUCGUUAAAUGAGAACAUGUUUACGGUUGGUGGGUCGUAUGCGGUUGAUAGUUUAACCAUGGUUAAGGCGAAGUUGAAUAACCAUGGUAAGCUCGGUGCACUUUUGCAGCAUGAGAUUAUUCCCAAAUCGCUUGUGACAUUGUCUAGUGAAAUGGACACGAAAGCAUUGGAUAAAACUCCAAAGUUUGGUUUGGCUCUUGCACUCAAACCAUGAUUAAGAUUUGGUUACUUUACUGGUGAGUUUAUAUAAUGCAUUUUUGUUUAAUUAAUUGAAGUGUAAGGUUUUUUUUUCUUUUUAAAUUUAAUUUUUUGUCCUCCAUUGAUGGGAG